AUGAAAGAAAUGGAGGGCACGUUUAGCAACGAAACAAACCACACAUCUUCAAUGAAUGGAGGUACCGCGCCAUUGCCACCAACGUUUCCAGAAUACCUUCACCAGCCACUGUGGGCCCAUGUGUUCCAAAUCACCCUGUGGUCAACUGUGGUAUUCCUGGGAGUUAUUGGCAACCUCUUGGUGUGCACUGUAAUACUCAGACGACCCAGGAUGAAGACGACGAUGAAUUAUUACUUGCUAAGCUUGGCCGUUGCAGACUUAGGAGUUUUAAUAUUAAUCUAUCCUGUGGCUGUGCUAAAAUACCUAAGACCAUUUCGAUGGGUGCUAGGAAAGCCGGCAUGUUUAUUUAUGGUUCCUACACAGGAGAUCUUCUUUGGAUCCUCCAUCUGGUCCAUAACAGCAAUUGCCAUCGAGAGAUACCGAAAUAUAAUUGGCUCUAGGCGAUACCAGCUAAAUCGCGGGCCUCGAACAACAACCUGGUUGGUUAUAAUGGGCGUCUGGUUGGCAUCAUUUUUGGUCUCAUGCGUUCCUCUUUACCCCAUUAUUACCUACGAGCCCUCUAUCCCAUUAUGCUAUCCCGAUUGGUCAGAUAAUUAUGGAGGAUAUGCUGUUCUUGUGUCUUAUUCGGUAGCUCUUAUUGUGGUUUGGUAUGCCCUUCCUCUCGCUGUAAUCGCAUUCACGUACAUAAGGAUCAAGAAUCGUGUACAUCGUAGUGCUGUGUUCCGACAGUCGAUGUCAAUUGGCGAUGAAAAGGAAGAAACUCUCUCGUUCCAGGCUCCAAAAAACCACGAUAGAUCUCGUCAAAGAAUAUGGCGACAGAGCAACAAAGCAAGACAGAUUCUUACCCCACUUGUUGUAUUAUUUGCCGUGACAAUGUUCCCGCUGACCGCUUUUCGACUCCUAAUACUCAUCAAGCCCAAGGUUUGGACCAGCCCCUACUAUAACCUGUUAAUGGGCCAAGUAACAUUAUUCGUUAUGGUCAACUCCUCAGCUAAUCCACUUGUGUAUUACAUCACAAGUAAAGAGUUCAAAGAUGCACUCAAGGAAUUGUUUAAAAAAAGGCGUUCCCAGUCAUGGAGACAGUGCAGUGACAAAGGAGGUAAAGCAUCAUCUUUCUCGAGAACGACAGGCGUUUAA